AUGUCCCCACGCAGUAUUUUGAGCUGGUCGGGACAAGAAGAAGAUAAUCUUCUGCAGUGGUUGGAUGAAAAUCGUGCAUUGCCAUGGAAAGACCUUCCGGACGCAUACAGAGAAAAAUUCGGUGUGGACCGCAGCGUUGAAUCCUUACGAGGCAAAAAAUACCAUAUUCUGCGGAAGAAUAGUCGCACCACUGCCCGAUCUCCGAAAAGUCAAGGUCGCCGUAGACGACGAGAGCCCGCCCGCCGCUCGGUUGAACAGACAAUCAUACACUCAGACGCCCCAGCCAACGCGGCAACCCGGAGCAAUAUCGAUCUGUGGUUCGAGACGAUUCUUGCGUCCGAGUCUGAUCCUGCUGGUAGCAACGAAUCGACGCUGACAAGAGUCUCGAUUUCAGAUUGCUUGACGCCAGCGCUUAAAAAAUACCGUCCCAAGAAAUCACGAUCUUCAUCAUGGAUCUGGGAGUAUGUACAUCGAGAGGACCCUGGUAUACAAAUGGGUGUGGAGCCGGUGCAAAUGAACGUUUGA